ACUCACUAUCGGCUGGGGAAGAAUCUGCCCUUCUCUGGCAUCUUGUUCCGGAACUCCCGCUCUGCGCUUAUGGACCAGGCGAUUGCUGUGAUUCCGAGGACGACGCCGCUCAUGAUGGCCGUGUUGGCUUUCCAGUUUGCGGGCUGCGAGUACCAGCCUCCGGCCGGCGACCAGACGUGCUUUGGGUAUCUGACAACCCCUCGGACGCAAUUCCGCCCUCAAUGUCCCCUUCGACCGCUGCAGCAUCACCUCUCCCCAUACCAACAACCUCAUAGCUGCCGUUCUCAAUCGACCUCAGCCGGCGACACAUUUCCUCCUCUCGAUGCCGACGAGUCAACAGAACUAUCACAGCGCGAUGACGAUGUCUCAAUACCCCCGGAAGCACUCCCAUCGCCGCCCCCCUCCGCCGCUCUAAAGUCAGCUAAACUCGCCGCCCUCCACGCCCGUCUCUCCCUCCCUCCGCGCCUCCCCAUCCAAACCCUCGCUCGAGCGCUCGUGCACGAGUCAGCGGAUCCAGAUCCCAACUUCAACAAUACCUCCCUCGCGAUUCUGGGCUCAAACCUCCUCGGCCUCUACACUAGCGAAUAUCUCCUCUGCAACUACCCCCGCCUCCCCAUCUCCGUCCUCUUCGCCGCGCAGUCUGCCUACGUCGGCACCAAGGCCCUCGCCCUGAUGGCAAAAGAAUGGGGCAUUGAAUCUGUCGCCGAGCCCGGCGGAGAAGUCGACCCGGGUCUACUACAAUACCGCAGACUGGCUGCCGGCGCGGCCUGGGGCGAGUUUGCGCCACGCGGCACGGGGCGGCCCAACGAGCAGAAGGGCUGGCGGCGCGGCAUCACCUCUAAGAUCGUCUACGACGACCAAUUCGGCGACAUGCGCAUGACGACGCCGGAGCCCUCGCAGCCUGUGCCGCUCGAUAUCGCGGCCGAGAGUUUCGUGCGUGCGCUCAUGGGCGCGACGUACCUGCACUGUGGCCGGGCUACCACAAAACGUUUCUUCGCGAGCCACUGGCUCAGCCGGACGCUGGACCUGUCGAAGAUGUUCGAAUUCCGCACGCCGACGGUCGAUCUGAGCAAGUUAUGUGCGCGGGAGGGAUUCGAGCCGCCGGUAGCGCGGCUGAUAUCUGAAACGGGGCGAGCGAGCAGGCAUCCAGUGUUCGUAGUGGGCGUGUACAGUGGGAGAGAUAAGCUCGGCGAAGGGGCGGGCGGUAGCUUAGACGAAGCGCGGGUCCGGGCCGCGGUCAUGGCACUCAAGAGCUGGUACCUGUACAAGCCGCUGGACGUAACGCUCCCGUCAGACGCAGAGGGCAUGGAGCCGACGAAGUGGAAACCGAACCUCGUGGAUAUUGGGGAGGUAAUUGUGUGA